AUUUUAGACAGCAGCGUGUGAACAGGACUUUUAUUUUGUUGUUGUGAUGUUAAGUCAUAAAGCUGCGCCUCGCUCCUGCAUCUGUUGUGAUUCGACUGAAGAAAGAAAAACUGAACAGCGACUGAGAUCCACGUAACUCUAUUAUAAAGAUGGUGUUUAUUAAAGAAGAGAGUGAAGACAUGAAGAUUGAAGAAACAUUCAGAGUGAAACAAGAAGAAACUGAGGAACAAACAAAGAUGGAGUUUAUAAAAGAGGAGAGUGAAGACAUAAAGAUGGAAGAAACAUUCAGUGUGAAGCAUGAAGAUACUGAGGAACAAACAGAAGAGAGUGAAGACAUGAAGAUUGAAGAAACAUUCAGAGUGAAACAAGAAGAAACUGAGGAACAAACAAAGAUGGUGUUUAUUAAAGAAGAGAGUGAAGACAUGAAGGUUGAAGAAACAUUCAGUGUGAAGCAUGAAGAUACUGAGGAACAAACAGCUCUAAUGGCAAUGAAAGAGGAGACAGAAGUACUUCAUGAAAUUGAAGAGAAAGAUCAAUAUGAGAAUCUUCAUGAUUUCAUAAAUGGAGAAAAACCUUUUAGAUGUUCGCAGACUGAAAAGACUUCCACACGGAAAAAAGCUCAAAAGAGUUUCAGUCAAAAAAGAAACCUGAAAGACCGCACAGGAAAGAAGCCUAUCACCUGCCAGCAGUGUGGAAAAAGUUUUGCUCAACAUGGAAACCUUAAAGUCCACAUGAGAAUACACAAUGGAGAGAGUCCCUUCACCUGUCAACACUGUGGAAAAAGUUUCAAUCAUAAAGCAAGUCUUAACAGGCACAUGAGAAUUCACACCGGAGAGAAGCCUUACACAUGCCAACAGUGUGGGGAGAGUUUUGCUCAACGUGUAAUCCUCAAAACCCACAUGAGAAUUCACAAUGGAGAGAGUCCCUUCACCUGCCUACACUGUGGAAAAAGUUUCAACAAAAAAGGACACCUUAAUCGCCACACAAAAAUUCACACCGGGGAGAAGCCUUACACCUGCCAACAGUGUGGGAAAAGUUUCACUCAUAAAGGAAGCCUCACCUGGCACAUGACUAUUCACACUGGAGAAAAGCCUCACACAUGCCCUCAGUGUGGAAAAAGUUUCUAUCAACAUGGAAACCUUAAAGUCCACAUGAGAAUUCACUCUGGAGAGAGCCCUUUUACCUGCCAACAGUGUGGAAAAAGUUUCAAUCGUAAAGAAAGUCUUGACAGGCAUAUGCGAAUUCACACUGGAGAGAAGCCUUACACAUGCCAACAGUGUGGAAAAAGUUUCCAUCAACAUGGAAACCUUACAGUCCACAUGAGAGUUCACACUGAAGAGAGUCCCUUUACCUGCCAACAGUGUGGACAAAGUUUCAAUCAUAAAAUAAGUCUUAACAGGCACAUGAGAAUUCAUACUGGAGAUAAGCCUUUCACAUGCCAUCAGUGUGGUGAGAGUUUUGCUCGUCAUGUAAAGCUUAAAGUUCACAUGAGAAUACACCCUGGAGAAAAGCCUUACACAUGCCAUCAGUGUGGUGAGAGUUUUGCUCAUCAUGUAAACCUUAAAGUCCACAUGAAAAUACACAAUGGAGAGAGUCCCUUCACCUGCCAACACUGUGAAAAAAGUUUCAAUCAUAAAGCAAGUCUUAACAGGCACAUGAGAAUUCACACCGGAGAGAAGCCUUAUACCUGUCAAGAGUGUGGAAAAAGUUUCACACAUAAAGGAAGCCUUAACUGGCACAUGGCUAUUCACACUGGAGAAAAGCCUCACACAUGCCCUCAGUGUGGAAAAAGUUUCCAGCAACAUGGAAACCUUAAAGCCCAUAUGAUGAUUCACACUGGGGAGAACCCUUUUACCUGCCAACAGUGUGGAAAAAGUUUCAAUCGUAAAGAAAGUCUUGACAGGCAUAUGCGAAUUCACACUGGAGAAAAGCCUUACACAUGCCAACGGUGUGGAAAAAGUUUCCAUCAACGUGGAACCCUUACAGCCCACAUGAGAGUUCACACUAGAAAGAGUCCCUUUACCUGCCAACAGUGUGGACAGUUUUUCAAUCGUAAGGAAAGCCUUAACAGGCAUAUGCGAAUUCACACUGGAGAAAAGCCUUACACACGCCAACAAAGUGUGGAAGAAGUUUCACUCAAACAGGAAACUCUAACAGGUACACGAGAAUUCACACCAGAUAAAAGCCUUACAUCUGCCAACAGUGUUUAGAGAGUUUUGCUCAACAUGGAAACCUUGAAGCCCACAUGAAAAUUCACACUGAGGAGAGCCCUUUUACCUGCCAACACUGGAAGAAGUUUCAACAGGACAUCAUAGGGUUUACUCACUCUAUACUCUGAACCGUGCCUGAGCCCGUUUGACCCCCAAAGUCCGGUUCGUUUAAUUAGUGUGAUUUAAUUCAAGUGUAUUUGUGUUUAUAACGGGUCUGGUUCUCACUUUAUUGAUGAACAGGAAUUAAAGAUGCAAGUAAAGCUGCAAAUUGGAUCAAGUCACUCCUCAAAAUUCUGAAUGUUAUUAAUUCAUAUAAUUACUAUUAAUAUUGAACAUCAAACUGGUUUCUUAGCAUUUUCUUUAAACAAAGCACAAAUUCAGUGCGUUUUCCUGCCCUUUUUUUGAUUGACAGGAUAUAUCGGCUGUUUUUAAACUAUUGACCGAUAGCUGAUAGUGUGAAAAUUUGCUUUUAUCGUCAGAUACCGAGUAUUGGGGAUAUAUCAGUGCAUCUCUAACAUUAACGGUAAUGAGCUCACACAAGAAUGACUGUACAUCUCUCUCUUUUUAUACAGAUAACAUGAACAGAGAAUAUUUGUUUUGAAUUAGAUCAUUUAAAAUUAGAUACUUAAAUGUUUCUAUAGAUAUAUUGGUCAUGUCUGUUUUUGUUUUUUUUUGUUUGUUUUUCAUUUUUGUGACAUGCAAUUGUAUGUGGACACAAAUAAAAGUGAUUCUUUACAGUUUCAAA